GCGGGGCGGGUCUUCCCCGGCUGUCAUCUGUGGCCCCCGGCGCUCGGGCAGGGGUGGCCGUGUCUAUUGGCGGAGAGGCAGGCAGGGCGGGUCGCCGCGAGCUGCUGCAGGCGAGGCUGAGCGGGUGGAGGCCGGCAGCCGGCCGGGGAGGCACAGUCUGGGCUGCUGCAGACCGGUCUGGCCAUGGCAGCGGCACCUCUGAAAGUGUGCAUCGUGGGCUCGGGGAACUGGGGUUCAGCUGUUGCAAAAAUAAUUGGUAAUAAUGUCAAGAAACUACAGAAGUUUGCCUCCAUAGUCAAGAUGUGGGUCUUUGAGGAAACAGUGAAUGGGAGAAAACUGACAGACAUCAUAAAUAAUGACCAUGAAAAUGUCAAAUAUCUCCCUGGACACAAGCUGCCAGAAAAUGUGGUCGCCGUCUCCAAUCUCAGCGAGGCCGUGCAGGAUGCAGACCUGCUGGUGUUUGUCAUCCCCCACCAGUUCAUUCACAAGAUCUGCGAUGAGAUCACUGGCAGAGUACCCAAGAAAGCCCUGGGGAUCACCCUCAUCAAGGGCAUAGACGAGGGCCCCGAGGGACUGAAACUCAUUUCUGACAUCAUCCGGGAGAAGAUGGGCAUUGACAUCAGUGUGCUGAUGGGCGCCAACAUUGCCAGCGAGGUGGCUGCGGAGAAGUUCUGUGAGACCACCAUUGGCAGCAAAAUCAUGGAGAAUGGCCUUCUCUUCAAAGAACUUCUGCAAACCCCCAACUUCCGAAUAACUGUGGUUGAUGAUGCAGACACGGUUGAACUUUGUGGUGCUCUUAAGAACAUUGUGGCCGUGGGAGCUGGGUUCUGCGAUGGCCUCCUCUGUGGAGACAACACCAAAGCCGCCGUCAUCCGCCUCGGCGACCGAUCCCUGCCGGAGAGCGCCUGGAAGCGUCUUGCUCUCAAAGGCCAGCGAUUAAGUUGGUUCCUCAAAUUGUUCCCGACAGGAGGGGCAGGAAAUAACACCGCGCUCCAGGGGCGGACGCAGCGGGAGGGGGAAAGGGACUCCCGGGCAGUCCUGGCGGCCUCGCAUCGAUCUCGGGUCUAA